AGGCACUGGACUACAUAUUGAAAGCUUUGAAGCUGUGUGAUGUUGACGACCUGCUUUGUGCAAGAAUACACAGCGAUCAUGGUGACAUAUCUGAAGGACUUGGGCGACCUCAGCUCGUCGGCACAGAGUUACGAAGUCGCCAUUCGUCUUGAUCCUGAUCUCGCUCACGCUCAUCUGAACCUUGCUGUGAUCAAACACUUGGAGAGUGACUACGCAGGUGCAUUUAGACACUACCAAGUGGCCCUGUCUCUGGACCCAAAGAACAAGCUCGUCAUAGACAACAUGGCCAAGUUGAGGCGACGAAUCACGAGGUCACUGCCUUUCCACGACUGCGUUUAGUGCUGACGCUUCAUCGGGGUGCACGUACUGUGCCGCUUCUCUGCGUAUAGACAUUGACGCUCCGGCGACACCUCUUCAUAUGCAUUCACAGUGUACCGCUUUCUAUGUUCCGCAAACUUUGUGAGUCAGCAUGCAGACGUCCGGUUAGUUCACUCGAACUGUAGAACGAUGGUAUCCGGACUCGUCAUUAGGAAUUCGUGUUCUAGGUGUAUGUACUGCAUAAAAUGUGCUUCGGAACAUCCCGUGCCGUUCAACAGUGAUGAUAGAGCCACCUCCGAGCGGGCUGUGAAAUUUUCUCUUCGUCGUUUUCUAGACGUCCUUUACUUUAGAAGCCGUUCAACUUUACCGGAUCCAAAUGACGCAAUAUAUCCGCUUCUUGAAUAUCCACAUAAUUUUUGAUGCCGCGGCACCAUAUCACCGUGCAGUUUUCCCAGUCUUAUUAAUUUUGCUACCGGUUUAUUGCAGGACUUCUGAGAUUUUUUACAGUCUCGAAUGUUUUGUUUCUGUUGUGAAGGUAAAAUAUUACUCCACAACAGUUUCUCCCACACAUUCACGAUUACAGGAAAGCUUUCAGACGGAUGUUGUGGACUUUUAAACAGAAUGUGGAUAAUUGUUAGUGGCGACUACGAUUCUCUUGUUAUGUAGGGUUGUCCUUACACUAUUCCAAGCAGAAAGGGAAAAAAUGACAAGUCUUGCUUAUUGAUUGUACCAUGUGUGUCAUCCUAUUUGUCUGCCGCCUCCUUGCCACGACCUCUGCGGUUUGCUGUUGUGGAAAGUACCACUUCUUCGAGCAAUGGCAUAAGACUAUGCAACAACGUGCCUAGAUUUCCGACUCUUACUGAUGUUAGCGU